AUGGUACGCUUCAAGAACCGGUACUUCAUCGUCGAAGUGACGUUCGGCCGCGGCAAGAAGGGCCCGGCGCUCACAGCGCGCGACAUCUACUCGCUCGUACUCGCCGCCAUUGGCAGCAACUACGGCGACUUUGGCGUUGGCACGAUGCAGGCGGCGCUGCAAGUGCUCUACUACAAUGCCAUCACACACUUGGCGGUCGUGCGCUGCGGCCGCGACGACGCGACCAAGGUCCAUGCGUGUCUGACCUUUCUGACCGAGGCGCAGCACCAGGACGCAAAAUUCCGCACCGUCGUCGUCUGCGGGUCGAGCCGCACGGUGAAAGAUACGCUCCUGAGGCUGUCGCGCGAGCGAAUUCAAGACGCAAAGCUAGCGACGACGCACCCAACGAUCGAGGCGGACCUUGUCGUGGAGAUUGCCGGCCUCGACAGCCCACCGUAG